GUGCUAUACAGUAAGACCUUGUUUAUCCAUCCUGUAUAUAAUAGUUUGCCUCUACUAAUGAAGAUGUGUAGCUUUUAAAGUCCUGGUCUGCCCUUCCCAUUAUCUGGAAUGUUCUAAAUUUCUGCUUACUUUACAGGGCCUGGUUCCUUCUUACUUCUCUUCCCAGCAUGCACAUCUGGUCACAUUAUGAUUUCAAAUCUCUUGGCAAUUCCUCUUUGCCUCCGUAAUGUGACAUUGGAGGACUCUUGUCUCCAUCACAGAAUUUUCUUCUAUCGGUUCCCCAGCCUCAGCAAGCUCCUUGUGGUCCCUCUUGUGGCCAGCUCCCCACUUCCCCCUUGGCCUUGGCAGGCUGAGUGCCUCUGCCUGAGGGUCCCUUACCUGUCCUAUGUGGUAACAGGUCUCAGUUCUGUGGCUGCUUGGCUGGAAAGCCUUUCCCAACCUGUUCCUUCAUGAGAAUCUGGCAGGGUUUUACAUGUGGUUUGCAUGCAUGUGGGAGGACAGAGUUAUCAAAGUAUGUGGUUAGCAGCACUGAAUGACCUGGGUUCUAAUCCCAGCUCCACUACUAGCAGUUUGGUCUUUGCAAGGUGCUUACCCUUUAGAUGCCUCUGUUUUCUCAUCUGUGAAACUGGUAUAAUAAUGGAGUAGUGUGAUUUAAAUGAAUUAAUCUUAUAAAGCACUUAAACCAUGCCUAGCUUAUAGUGAGAGCUUAGACAUUAACUGUUAUCAUUAGUUUUAGUUUCAGAAAUAUGGCUUGAACUCAUUUAAAAAAUCCUACUAUACUGUUGUUUUUGCAGGAGUUUUAGUAAAGAUUGCAGUGUAAUUUGAAACCCUGUUCUUUUUUUUAAUUUAAUUUUUUGGAGCAUAGUUGAUUUACAAUGUUGUAUUAGUGAAACCCAAUAUUUAACUGUUCCUCAACUUCAUUGAGGUUGAUAUCAGAUGUCGAUUUUAGGAAAAAUAACAUAUAUGAGACAAAAAGAAAUACUUUUUGAAAGAAAGAAAGAUUCCUGGGGAUACAACCUUUUAACAGAAUGAUGGAGACACCAUCCUACCAGCAGUUAGCUGGUUGGGGAUUUACCUAUAGUUCUUCCAUUUCAGAGGUUAUAUUGUCCUCACAGGAAAUUUCUUUGCAGCCCUUUGGGUAAAGGAGAAAUCAAUAUUAUUUAUCAGAGGACUUCUCUGGGAAUGCAAAUCAUCAUAUGCUUGCAACCAGAUCCACAUAAAGGAGAUGGUUUUGAAUAUAAUUACUUUUUUUGUAUUUUCAUAUCCUCUAUAAAUAUUCCCCCCUGGGAGAAAAAACUUUUCAUAAUUACUACCACACAUUGUAUUUAACAUUAAUAUGCUCCUAUCACUGAUCCUUUUCUUCCUUUUUGUUUUUCUUCCAACAUCACGGUAUUAUAUUCUGAGGUUUAACUAUUUCAGUUUUUCCUUAAUUUGGCCACCAGGUGGGGCACUGGCUCCUUUAUAACGUCUGGACAGACCGGCUAGAGUUUGGUUUCCUCACUGAGAUGGCUGACUUGCCCCUCCUCAUUCUGAAGGGACCCCCUGGAGAAACUGUUGAGCCUUGUCUCUGGGAGUAGGUGGGGGAAACUGGUUGGGCCAGUGUUAGAUCUGAGGGAAUCUCAGGGCUUUUCAGGCCUGAUCUUGUUGGGUUAGUAAUAAUAGUGGCUUACAUUUCAUAGGUUUUGAGUAACUUGAAUUUUGCCAGAAAUACAUGUAAACCUACUUGGCAACAAGUGAAUCAAGUUUUCCUCAGAUUAUCUGGUCCCAUCUUGAUGGCUCAAAAGAAACGUUAAAUGUGGCAACCUUGACUGUUAUGUUAAACAGGUCUUAUUUAAAUAAAAUAGAAAUUGUGGAAGCAAACCAUUGCAUUUAAAACUGUUCUUGGAGGUGAAAACUAGGGGAAAAUUGUGUAUAAUGCGAAUACUUAAUGUUAAAAAGCAGAUUAUGAAUUUUUGCUUUUUCUUCAGCAAUAUGCUGAAACAUUAUUGACUGUUUUAAGAUAUCAAUGCCUUAUGGAAUUAUCAAUUACAUUUUUCUAGAAUGAAAAACAAAUUUAAAUUUCUUGCUUUGAAACCCUCAUAAGUCAUAGUAAGUCCCAAUUUAAACCAUAAAAAAACUACAAAACUCCCAGCCAAAUUUACCACCCCCCAAACUUUUAAAUUUUAUAAUCUACCUGUAGAUGGUAAAACUGAAUUAGGAGUGAUUACCAGAUUUAUAGACACUAAGUCAGAAUCGGAAGUUAGAAGGCUCUUUGAUAAGCAUUCCUCUUAAACUUGAUUUUUAGAGUUUAGUGAUUAAUUAGGUUUCAUGCUUAUGUAAUGUAUUAUAAAAAUCUAGAACUAGUGGUAGUAUGUGACUGUGAUUCUCAGAAAUAAUAAUUUCAUGUGUCCCUUUUAGGCAAUGUGAAAUUAUACUGCUAUAUGUCCCAUCACCACCACUGCCAACUUGGGCAAUAAUAUACAACUCGUUUAUUGGCCCUAAGGGAGGGCAGACUGUAUUCUUCUUGUUUAAAAUGAAUGAGUUGCUUUAGUACAGCGACUGAGAGGAGAGAAGGGAGUGAGAGUGCUCUUUGUUUAAGUUGGUGUGUUACAGUUUUCUUGGGCAGCAAGUAUGAAAAUGAAGCCCAAGCCUUAGCUCAUUCUGCAUGCGGGUUUUCUUUCUCACAGCAGCCCAGUGUCUAUUUAACAUAUGGGAGUGGUUUCAUGUUCAUUACUAAAGCUUAUAGGCUAAAGUGCUUUGUGGGCUUGGCUAUGACUUAAGUUGCCUUUGGGGAGUCAGCCAGAAAACGGGGCUUGGGAACAGCCUGUCUGUGGACUCUCUGGGUAGUCAGUUUUUUUCCCCUCUCAGCUUUCAGCUGCUUUGGAGAUUAGUUUCAUAGUAAAGAUUCUUUCUUUAAAGCAAUAUGAAGCGACUGCUUGCACAGGGGCACCAGCUCCUUCGCUUUUACCCUGUCUCAAGCCAACAUGUCACUGAAGAAUGAGCCAAGAGUCAACACCUCGGCACUGCGGAAAAUCGCUGCUGACAUGAGUAAUUUGAUAGAAAAUCUGGACACGCGGGAGCUCCACUUUGAAGGAGAGGAGGUGGAGUAUGAUGUGUCUCCCAGCGAUCCCAAGACACAGGAAGUGUAUAUCCCUUUCUCUGCUAUUUAUAAGACUCAAGGAUUUAAGGAGCCUAGUAUACAGACGUAUCUCUCCGGCUGUCCAGUGAAAGUGCAAGUUCUGGAAGUGGAGCGCUUUACGUCCACAACAAGGGUACCAAGCAUCAAUCUUUACACCAUUGAAUUAACACAUGGGGAAUUUAAAUGGCAAGUUAAGAGGAAGUUCAAGCACUUCCAAGAAUUUCACAGAGAGUUGCUCAAGUACAAAGCCUUUAUCCGAAUCCCCAUUCCUACCAGAAGACACACAUUUAGAAGACAGAAUGUCAAAGAAGAGCCUCGAGAGAUGCCCAGUUUGCCCCGUUCAUCUGAAAACAUGAUCCGAGAAGAGCAGUUCUUUGGUAGAAGGAAACAACUGGAGGAUUACUUAACAAAGUUACUAAAAAUGCCUAUGUAUAGAAACUAUCAUGCAACAACAGAGUUCCUUGACAUAAGCCAGCUGUCUUUCAUCCAUGAUUUGGGACCAAAGGGCAUAGAAGGUAUGAUAAUGAAAAGAUCUGGAGGACACAGAAUACCAGGCCUGAAUUGCUGUGGUCAGGGAAGAGCCUGCUACCGGUGGUCAAAAAGGUGGUUGAUAGUGAAAGAUUCCUUUUUACUGUAUAUGAAACCAGACAGUGGUGCUAUUGCCUUCGUCCUGCUGGUAGAUAAAGAAUUCAAAAUUAAGGUGGGGAAGAAGGAGACAGAGACAAAAUAUGGACUACGAAUUGAUAAUCUUUCAAGGACACUUAUUUUAAAAUGCAACAGCUAUAGACAUGCUCGGUGGUGGGGAGGGGCUAUAGAAGAAUUCAUCCAGAAAUAUGGCCCCAACUUUCUCAAAGAUCAUCGAUUUGGGUCAUAUGCUGCCAUCCAAGAGAACACUUUAACUAAAUGGUAUGUUAAUGCCAAAGGAUAUUUUGAAGAUGUGGCAAAUGCAAUGGAAGAGGCAAAAGAAGAGAUUUUUAUCACAGAUUGGUGGUUGAGUCCAGAAAUCUUCCUGAAACGCCCAGUGGUUGAAGGAAAUCGUUGGAGGUUGGACUGCAUUCUUAAACGAAAAGCACAACAAGGGGUGAGGAUCUUUGUCAUGCUCUACAAAGAAGUGGAACUUGCUCUUGGAAUCAACAGUGAAUACAGCAAGAGGACUUUAAUGCGUCUGCACCCCAACAUAAAGGUGAUGAGACAUCCAGAUCAUGUGUCAUCCAGUGUCUACCUUUGGGCUCAUCAUGAGAAACUUGUCAUCAUUGACCAGUCAGUGGCCUUUGUGGGUGGGAUUGACCUGGCCUACGGAAGGUGGGACGACAAUGAGCACAGACUCACGGAUGUGGGCAGUGUGAAGCGUGUCAUCGGGGGACCAUCCCCAAGCUCCGCCACAGCUGAAACAACAGAGUCUAUGGAAUCCUUAAGCCUCAAAGACAGAAGUGAAUCUAAUAAAGAUCUUUCCAUCCUGAAGAAUGUUGAUGAUGCAGAUUCAAAACUGAAAGGGAUAGGAAAGCCCAGGAAGUUCUCCAAAUUUAGCCUGUACAGGCAGCUGCACAGACACCACUUGCACAACGCAGAUAGCAUCAGCAGCAUUGACAGCGCCUCUAGUUAUGGUAAUCACUGUAGGAGUCGUCAGAAUUUAAUCCACGGUUUAAAACCUCACUUGAAACUCUUUCACUCUUCCAGUGAGUCUGAGCAGGGGCUCACUAGACCUAACUCUGCCACAGGCUCCAUCCGAAGUUUACAGACAGGGGUGGGAGAGCUCCAUGGAGAAACCAGAUUCUGGCAUGGAAAGGACUACUGCAAUUUUGUCUUCAAAGACUGGGUCCAACUUGAUAAACCUUUUGCUGAUUUCAUUGACAGGUACUCCACCCCCCGGAUGCCAUGGCAUGACAUUGCCUCUGCAGUCCAUGGGAAGGCGGCUCGAGAUGUGGCCCGCCACUUCAUCCAGCGCUGGAACUUCACGAAGAUUAUGAAACCAAAAUAUCGGUCCCUUUCUUAUCCUUUCCUGCUUCCCAAAUCUCAAACAACAGCCCAUGAGUUGAAAUACCAAGUGCCUGGGUCUGUCCAUGCUAAUGUACAGUUGCUCCGCUCUGCUGCUGAUUGGUCUGCUGGUAUAAAGUACCAUGAAGAGUCUAUCCAUGCUGCGUAUGUCCAUGUGAUAGAGAACAGCCAACACUAUAUCUAUAUAGAAAACCAGUUUCUCAUAAGCUGCGCUGAUGACAAAGUUGUGUUCAACAAGAUCGGCGAUGCCAUUGCUCAGAGGAUACUGAAAGCUCACAGGGAAAGCCAGAGGUACCGGGUGUAUGUUGUGAUACCACUGCUGCCAGGUUUUGAAGGAGACAUUUCAACCGGCGGAGGAAAUGCUCUGCAGGCAAUAAUGCACUUCAACUACAGAACCAUGUGCAGAGGAGAAAAUUCCAUCAUUGGACAGCUAAAAGCAGAGCUUGGCAAUCAGUGGAUAAAUUAUAUAUCCUUCUGUGGUCUUAGAACACAUGCAGAGCUUGAAGGAAACCUAGUCACUGAGCUUAUCUAUGUCCACAGCAAGUUGCUAAUUGCUGAUGACAACACUGUUAUUAUUGGCUCUGCCAACAUAAACGACCGAAGCAUGCUAGGCAAACGUGACAGUGAAAUGGCUGUCAUUGUGCAGGACACAGAGACAGUCCCCUCCGUAAUGGAUGGAAAACAGUACCAAGCUGGCCAGUUCGCACAAGGACUUCGGCUAAAGUGCUUUAGGGUUGUCCUAGGCUAUCUUUCUGGACCCAGUGAAGACCUUCAGGAUCCAGUGAGUGACAAAUUCUUCAAGGAGGUAUGGGUUUCAACAGCGGCUCGAAAUGCUACAAUUUAUGAUAAGGUGUUCCGGUGCCUUCCCAAUGAUGAAGUGCACAAUUUAAUUCAGCUGAGAGACUUUAUCAGCAAACCCAUAUUAGCAAAGGAAGAUCCCAUUAGAGCUGAGGAGGAACUGAAAAAGAUCCGUGGGUUCUUGGUGCAAUUCCCCUUUUAUUUCUUGUCUGAAGAAAACCUACUGCCUUCUGUUGGAAGCAAAGAAGCCAUGGUGCCCACAGAGGUUUGGACUUAAGAGUCAUAGGUGUUUGCAGCUCAAAGACUUCCACCCUGAAGAGUACAUAGCAUACUGUGACUUUCUGGAGACACAACAGCCAAAGCCAGACCAAGUGCACUCUUGUAUCCAACCUUGGAUCCUUUGGAUUGCUGGGAAGGGCUGUAAGGACAAGAAAUAUCAGCAGGGCUUUAUAAUUCCUCUAGCCUAUCCUUGUGAAAGGAGACUACAUUCUUAAGUAGCAUAUACCCCACAGCUUAAACACAUACUUAAAUUCCAUGACGUCUACCAAAGUGCGUGUUCUUCACUAACAAGAAUUUACCUGUAACUGUGAUCUACAUUGCCAAAAGUCAUCUCAACCUCCUUAUUUUUCCCUGAUCCUUACUUACACAGCUGAUGUCUGCUGGACGUGCCUUCUUCUUAUAGUUCAUGAAGGCUCUGAUGGAGAUAUAUUCAUUGCCAGAAGAUGUGAUGCCACUUCAAGGUUAUUCAGGGUUACAUGGGACGGUCCUGCUCAUCUGGUCCUAGAGUAUGUGUGCACCCAGCCGAGGAUGUGGUCUGCACUCCUUUCACGUGACUGAAAGGAUAGGACAGACCUUAGUCUACAUGGCAGCCCAUGUUAGGUGCUUCUGACUGACACCACAGAGCAACAGGAAGGAAUUAAAUUUGGUUGUUACGACAGAGAUUUCACUUUGCCUCCGAGGGCACUGACAAGAUGUGUCCUUGUGAUAGGGCCCACCUGAUCAAAUUUGAAAACAUGUGGGAUAUGUGAUUACACAGCAACCGAUGAAACUCAAAGACAGAGCAUGCUGCCUUUAGAAACUUCCAUGUCAAUAGGGAUCUGCUCCAGAUUAGAAGAGAAGAUUUCUAAUAGUCCUGUAAAUUUUCUGUCAUCCUUAGCUGCUAGGUUGAUUGAAAUUUGAGUUUCUACAUUUCAAAAAUCAAACCAGUGAAUACAACUUGUCUUUCAAGAGAAUCAGGAGCUUCAAAACUCGAACCAAGGGAAUGAGUAGGAGCCUAACCUUAUUUGAUAUUCAGCUCUCUAGCUGGGUUACCUUCUUUAAGAAAAAUUAACUGAUUGCAAAAUAUAUGCUAUUUCACUUGCAUUAUUAAAUAUAUAUUAACAUUCCACCAGGGCUUCCAAAGAGGUUAGAAUUAUUUAUUAAUUCACGUUAUCCUAGUCUGUGAAUUGUUCUGGAAACUCAGUUUUUGGAUGUUAGCCUACCUUUUGGCCCCACAUUGCUCUAAUUUUAUUAAGCAGAACUAUUCUCACAGCCUGAAGAACUAAUGUGGGCUACCAAGAGGCCUGAGGCACAUGUGUGUAGGUGUAAUGAUUACACAUCGAAGGGUUGCCUCAUCUGAAGAAGCAAGGAUCCAGUCUAUGUUUUCAUAGGGCUGAUGGUCCAGUGGGAAAGGAGCACUAAGUCAGUGACCUGGGGUAGUAGGAGAGAGACAGUGUCACACCUAGGAGAGAGUUUUACAAAUGAGGUGGGACUCUGUAACUCACCGUGGAAAUGAAUAAGCUUUUAUGAUGGCUGAAGAUUGUGAAAUGACUUCAUUCCACAGCAGGUAUAUGCAUAAAUUUGCUAUUUAUGAAGGUUAGAUUGGCAUUUAAAAUGUUGAGUGUACGUUCAAUACCUAAUGAUUUCUUAGGUUUUCUUUUUAAAUGUUUUUUAAAAUAUAGAACAGUCAACACACUGGUUCUUGAUUUUUUGCAAGGUGUUCCCAUAAAACCAUGACAAUUAAAGCCUGAAAGGGACCUUUUGUCUUUUUUAAAAAAAUCACUUAAUCCAACCUCUCCCCCUCUUAUAGAUGAAGAAACUGAGACCCAAUUUAGUUGCACUCGAAGGACUCACUGAGGUUCACCCAUUAGGAUCAGUGACAUUGCUACAGUUCAUGGCUGGUCUCUCCUUUCACUCAUUGGUACCCCAAAUGAGGAGCUGCAGUAAAUGGAUUUCAGACAUGAUGUCCUGAGCUAUUUUGAACCCUGUGAUAUUAUGUGUUUAUGUGCUUGUCCCUCUCACUUUCCAAGAAUGUAAGCUCCACAGGGCAGGGACUUCCCUAUGUUUUGUUCAUAGUAUAUCCUCAGAGCCUGGAACAGUGCCUGGCACAUAGGAGGUGCUCAGUACAUGUUUGUUGGAUGAAUAUAGGAGAUGGAGGAGAAAGCUAACGAAAUGAAAAACUUAUGGAGUCUCAGACAAGAAAUCUUCCUGCUGGUUUCCGUAGCAAGUUUCUUUUCUUCUGCAUCUUCUCAAAGGCAAGAUGAUCGUCUGCAAAAAUGAGAGGCUACAAGAUUUAUCUGGGUAGAUUUUAUGGGAAGUUCAGUGCAAUAACUGCCCAUUUUGUGGUGGCAGUUUACACAGUGCAGCAUUCUGCAAAAACUGCAUGGACUGUGGACACAGAUGUCCUGUAUGGCCUAAUUACCCAUCAUUCUCUGACACCAUGACUACCUAACAGUAGUUCAAAUAAUUUACCUUUAACAUUGCCAUGUCUGUUAUAAACUUUAAAAUGCAAGUGAUUCAAGAGUUUUUUAAAGCUCUUAUGAACCUGUUCCACCUCUUAAGUUGACUAUAAUCUUUUCGAAGUGCCUACAAAUGCCGUACCUGACACUCUGAUAACCUCUGUAAUAAUUUUUGUUUUCAAGAAGGAAAAAGUCUAUAAGAAUUAAAGGGUAGAAAGUGGUCAUGGCCUAGUAAAGCAAGUCAAAUUGGCCAAGCUUAGCUGUUAGAGGCAACUCAACACAGCACGUCUGGUGCAAGCAUUUUCUCAGGAGCAAGUAUCCAUUUUGUGACCCACCCUUCCAUGGGAUUGUCUUAGUUCCCAGGUGUAAUGAUCACAGAGAAGCUCAGAGAGUUAGAUGACUGAAUGGCAUACUGUAAUCAAAAUAGUGGUUUUAUUUCAGUAUCAUUUUUGGAAUAAAAUUUUGUUUGUAGGUAGUCAAAAACACAAGCCACUAAUCUCUUAAGUAAUAACUUGGGAAAUUGUAAUAGAUCAAGAAUUAACAGCCUUUCAGAUAAAAACAGCAAGCCAGGAGUUUCCGUUGUAACUCCAACAUAGUGUCUGUGAGGAGGCAGUUUCAAUCUCUGGCCUUGCUCAGUCGGUUAAGGAUCCGGCAUUGCCGUAAGCUGUGGUGAAGGUUGCAGACACAGCUCGGAUCCAGCAUUGCUGUAGCUGUGGCAUAGGCUGCAGCUCUGAUUUGACCCCAAACCCAGGAAUUUCCAUAUGCCCACAGAUGUGGCUGUAAAAAAUUUAAAAAACAAAAACAGCAAGCUGGGAAGACUUUUUUGUAGAUAUAAGGCAACAGACAGAACAGAUUUUACAUAUAUCAUGAAGAACCUGCAGUUCUUUCUACCUCUCCUUAUUCCUUAUUCCGUCAACCUUUGUCCCCAGCCAGAGUCCUUCCUUAUUAUGGAAGCCAUUCUAGAGGAAAAGAAAAUGAUUUCUUGGAAAAAAUAACAUUAGGCCUCUAUUAAAUUUUUGGUUUAACUCCUGUUUUUACGUGACUGACAAAAUACUAAUAUUUUUUAACAGAAGUAAUGGUUCUUUUUAACAUCUCUAAUCUGAUGUGGCACUGGAGCAUUUUCAGAGCUGUCCCCCUCUGUAGCGGGGCUAAAGAGGACCUUUCCUGUCUUCUCAUCUCUCUCUCCUCUCUCUUGUAUUAAAAGGGUAAACACUAAUGGAUUAUAAGUUUUCUUAGGAUACAUUUCUAUUUCCUUGUAAGAUCCUCUAAAACCAAUUACUACUGGCAGUUUGGAGGUUUCAAAUGGGUUUUAUCAAGGGUAGGCCUUGAGAAAUUCUUAAAUCUAGAAUUCCACUGGAAAAAAAUAAUUCAUUGGCAUCUCUCAGAACGUUGCAGGUGAAGAAUCAAUAGACUGGCAUUGAUUCUUUAGAGUGGGGCAGGUGCCACAAUAUGAUCCUUAGAGCAUUUAAUUCACAUGGGGGACAUUGCUUUGACUUGAGAUUGGGAGGAUUCAUUAAAGGAAUCCAAAACUCUAUGGCUUGAUUUCUUAUGAGUUAUUUUAUUUUUCCUUUUUAUCAGUUUUAAUUUUUAACUUAAGAGCAAAAAGUAGUCAAAGUAAGAUAAAUGAAAAUUUAUCACAUUAAUCAUUUUAAACUUUUAAGAGUUAGAGACUGGGAUGACAAUCCAACUAAAACGUAGGCUUAAUUACUCCUUCCUAUUCCCCAGCACCUAUAAUUGUUCACUUUAUUCUAGAUAAAUGCAUUUAAGUGAAUGUUGUCCUAGUUCUGUCUGAGGCUAGGAAAUAUAAUAUCAUGCACUCCUAAUGUAUAUUGCAUUUGGAUUCUUCACAUAAGAUGGUCUGGGUCAAAGAUGCUAAUAUUCUCCUCGAUUAUUUUAAAAAUUCAUACCCAAGUAUCGCAGUUGCAGCACAUGACUUCAAGACAAAAACCAGAUGCUUGAUGAUGAACAUCCAUUCCAAAGCUUCAGAUGUUCUGAACCGAGCUCGGGCUCCUAGCCUCACACUUAUGACAGAAUUUGGCAAAUUAAGGCUGGGCCUCCUGUUUUUGUAAAGAAAGUUUCAUUUGUACACAGCCAUGUCCAUUUGUUUACAUGCCUUAUGACCACAUGAUCCGUAAAGCCGAAAAUACUUACCAUCCUUAAGAAACACUUAUUGAUUCUUCCUCUAGAGGGCACGGAGAAUGUCCAGCUAGAUCACCUCAACCAAACCGAUUUGGGUGAGUUUUAACCUCUUCCAUGAACAAAGUUUUCCCUCUCCCAAAGCCCUGCAUUCUAUGAUAGAUUUAUUCUAACAAGGUAAUUCCUUUCAGGAAUGAAAAAUCCCAUGGUUUUUGGUUCUGAAAGAGUUAUUGUCCAUUAACGCAAGCCUGUCCCAGCUGAGCACUCAAAGACAAGCAUGGCUGACAAUGUUUGUCACUAAAGUGUUAAAUGAGGAUGGAUAGGCUGAAGGGUUUGUAUUCAGAAUGAGAACUGUGAACUCAAGAAACUCAGUAUCCCUGGAUUUUCCUUCUAGUAAGCCUUGGAAAUGAUGCAUACAUUCUCUGUCUCAUAGUUAAUGCUUUUUAUGCCUGGUCCCUUAAUUGCUGUUUUUUAAAUGUAAAUAUUCAUGAAUUAAACAAUUAAAGGUGUGAGAUCAGCAGCAUCCCUCUAUUUGAAAA